UAAAUCACUGUUCUCUUCUCUUGAAAGCUGUCCAAAAAAUAUGGUCCAGUCUUCAGUGUUCAGAUGGGGCACAGGAAAGUUGUAGUGAUUUCUGGCUAUGAGACAGUGAAGGAAGCUCUCGUAAACCAGGCAGAUGCAUUUGCAGAGAGACCCAAAAUCCCAGUCUUCGAAGAUUUGACCAAGGGAAAUGGGGUUGUUUUUGCUCAUGGUGAAAACUGGAAGGUGAUGAGAAGAUUUACCCUCACAGCCUUACGAGACUUUGGGAUGGGCAAAAAGGCCAUCGAGGAUCGAAUUGUGGAGGAGUAUGGGCACCUGGCAGACACCAUUGCCUCACAGGAAGGAAAUCCCAUCGAUGCCAGCAAAAUA